AUGACCACAUGGAUGGCGCUAUUCGGGCUUGUGUGGCUAUUGCGGGUACGCGGCUCGCUUUGCGGAUGUGCUGCUUGCAAGCGAGCCCGGCUCGACGGACCAGAACUAUGCGCGGAGACCCCGCGCGCGCCUAGCCCGGACGAACGCGCGCCCUUUGACGUCAUCGCCUUGCAGCACUACACGCGUGACGUCACUGUGCAAACGGAUUUCGAAGAUGAGGAAGUCGAGGACCUCGAUAAGAUCGAGUUACAAAUCACUGAGGAAUCAAAUGCCAGCAACUUUGAGGGCGGGCGCGACCAGAAUCAGAGUCCGGAAGGCGCACGACAUGUCACAGGAAACAGUCAGUUUUCCCCAGACUCCGACGAUAUCUGGGAGACAAUCGAGGUGACGUUAGAGAGAGGGGUUUCUGGGCUUGGGCUCAGCAUAGCAGGCGGUGAGAGCGGAGGUGACGUCAGCGUAUCUCGUAUAGCCCCCGCUGGCGCUGCGAAAAGGGAUGGCCGACUUCAGAUUGGAGAUAUCCUUCUUCAGGUCAACGAUGUCUCAGUCGAGAACGCGCCGCACUCUAUAGCGGUAGAUGUUUUGCAAAAUGCAGGAAACAUUGUAAGACUUAGAGUUCGGAGAGCACGGCGCCCGAGGGUUGUGACACUUUGCAGAGGCGUUCGCGGUUUAGGCUUGGGCAUAGCUGGCGGAGCGGACGACGCAGCGGGCGGCGGCGGCAUCUUUAUCUCUCAUAUUGCUGCUGGUGGUGCAGCCCAUCACGAUGGCAGACUUACAUUAGGGGACAAAAUUCUUGCUGUCCGAGACGAAGAUGGCAUAGAGACGUCUCUAAUCGGCGCAACUCAUGCGAAAGCUGUUGCAGCACUAAGGAAUACGGGCGAUCGCGUGACACUUGUGGUUUUGCCGGCGGCAACCAUUCCCCCGGUAGUCAGAACCGCUCCGCUCUAUUCCACACGCACGCAAGCGACAUCGUGUUCCACCCUUCACGAGUUAUCAGAAGAAGAUCCGAAUAAAAUACCAAGAUGUGUGCGUAUGGUACGUCUAGUAAGAACCGGCUCUCGUCUUGGUAUGGACAUAGUUGGUGGUUUGGGUGACGCUGACCGAGGCAGUGAUGAUGAAGCAUGUGGGGUUUUUGUAUCUGGCGUGGCAACUGGAGGUGCUGCAUGUGGUAUGCUGCAUAAGGGAGAUAGGAUAUUGAGUGUUGAUGGUCGGGACUUGACUAGAGCGACGCACGAACAGGCAGCAGCUGCUUUGAAGUAUUCAGGAAAUGCAGUGACAGUAGCAGCGCAGUACCAGCCGGAGCAAUAUGAGAGGUUGCGCGCGCGCAUUCGAGCGAUAAACGCAGCGUCAGCCAUGUCUCCGCACGCACAUAGGGUGCAUGUUCCCGUGCAGCCAGAUUUGCAUUCUAUUUAUCCUAGGUAUGGUAUUUAG